CUUGCCGGGCGAUCUCCAGCCAGGGCAGACCCUGGCCACUGUCAGUCGACGAUCGCGCCUUGCCGUAGCAAGAAUAGAGAAAGAAAGCAGUGUCUGCGCCGCGACGAGAAGUAAGCAGGCCGCCGGCGUCGAGUGUUGGCCUCCAGACUACAGAGUAAUAAUUGUGUGUGACUCACUCGAGAGUGGACGAGACACACUUUUCGGACAAAUGAGUAAUGGAUCUUUGCUCUGAUUGUCUACUGUGAAUUUCGCUUACCGGAACAUUCGUCAACAUGAUGCAUUUAAUGCGACAUUUAAGACUGAAACUAUGGACGACAGGAAUUCUGCUUCUGGCUGUUAUGACUGCUCAUGCUCUGCAACCUGAAGAAUGCUCCGCGGAGAACAGGAAAAUCGUCGUCAACCCGGACGCAGAUGCUUUUAUUGGUGUGAUUCUGCCAAUCAGGUCGGCAGGAACUGGACUACUAGGGUGUGGUCAGCCGACUCAGGACGGCGUGGAGCUUCUUGAGGCUUUGAAAUGGGCCGGCGAAGUGAUGAAUCACGAAGAAGGCGAAGAAAGGCUCAGUUUUGUGCCCGGAGUCAAAUUGGGUUUCCAGGUGUGGGACACUUGCGAGCACACCGCCUCCCUUCCGUACGCUCUGUCUGAGCUGGUGCCCGUGCUACGCGAUGGCCCAGCUUCGUGCAUACGCUCGUUUGCUGAACCAGAAAACGGCAAUGACACGUCAGUGCCGAUUUUUGUGGGUCUCGUGGAUGGCGCUGGAGCGACCAGAGACCCUGAUAUCAGGACGGUACUCGCAGAAAACAACGUGCCAGCUUUGGUGUUACAGCCAGACACCCUCGUUGCUGCUGAAGAUCGAGCUAAAGCGAUGAUUUCGAUGGCCGUGGAGCUGCAGUGGCGUCAGGUGGCGUUCAUCUUUGGCGACGACGAUUAUGGCACUCGCAUGUACCGCUCGGCUGUCCGCAUGGCCGCCGAUAGUGAACUCUGCGUGGUGGCCGCCGAACGUUUGAGCGGCCAAGACCAGCGGACGGCCGCGUCUGCUCUCAUGACCGUGCAGGCAGCUGCGGCCGCCGCUUCGGCCACCGAGCGCGGCAGCAACGCUACCGGCGUGCUGGUCAUGGCCAGACGGACGCACUUUAUGCCUCUUUUGGACGCCGUCCGUCAUCUGGACAGUCCGCAACUGCAGUGGCUGUUUUCCGACCUGCUGGACGAGCAGGACGUAUCCAAGGGCCUCACCUCUGAGAAGUACUACUCGCUGACCCUGGCGCCACCCACCAUGCCCAGAUUCGAGCACUACUGGGCUAGCCAGGUGGAAAACGCAACGGCCAGUAGCCACAACUUCAUCCAGUUGUUUGAGAUGCAGAAGAGAGGGUGCAGGUUCCAAGGUUGGAGUGGAACAAAGGUAGAAGACCUUCCUCUCUGCGAAGAUCAGGCACCAGCAGACACCCAAGAUACACUGGGAGCCGCUCUAAGGGGUAGGAACGCCGCCGCCGCCCUGCACGUAGUGUACACCCUGGCGCACGCCCUGAAAUCUGCAUGGGCCGAAAACUGUCAGGAAAAGGGGAUCUGCGAGACAUUGAGGCACAUGGAUCGGCAGCAAUUCCAGACGAGGCACUUGGCUGCGGUCGAGGUUGACUACUCGGUGCCACAGGGUAGAAUGGUUGGUUUGCCUAAGACCAGACUAGGGGAUCCUAGCGAGAUGGCAGCUUCCAGUUUGACUCUAAUGAAGUACCAAAGAGGGAAGGAGGGAAGAAAACUAAGAAAGCUCUUUGAAUACACCUUUGGAAGCUCUGACGCCUCCUCCCCAGACAGAGGCCACAGAAGCGCAUUCAACAGAGUUGACUUUUGCUCAGAGAGCGAUGACCCAUCUCUCUGUCCCCGCUGCCUGCGCCUGCGCGAGGCCCGCACUCGCGACCGCACGGCCCCUCGCUCUCUGAACCCAUCGGCACGACCUUCCACGCACCACACGAUUCCCUCGCCCCAACACGUCUACUUGGCUGGAGUCUUUUCUGUGCAUCAAGCACCCUUCCCCGGAGCCCCACUUCUCGGGGAAUGCGGUAAUCUGGACGUAGCUUCAGCCCGCCAGGUAGAGGCCUUCACCUGGGCUUUGAAAAGGGUCAAUGAAAAGUACCUUGCACCUGUGAACAUCAAACUCGGCGCCGUUCUGCUGGACGCAUGUCACAGCUCGGGACGGGCGCUUGCCCUGCCAGCUUCCCUUCUGGGAGAGGGCGCGGAGCCCAUUCUGGCGGCUGUCAACGCCCUUCCUGAAGGUGAAGCCCACCUGGCUACCUCUGUCUUCAGGGCAAUGAAUAUUUCAACCAUCACUACCGAAGCAUCAAUGACGGGAGAUUUUGAGAUGCAGAUGCGACCUUCCGCAGACAUAUUUGCCCUUGCUCUGAAGGACACGUUGACGACCCUAGGCUGGGAUUACGUCAGUGUUGUCAGGUCAGCCAACGACGUUGGUGCUGAAGCGGGCGUGCGAACACUGCGCGAGGCUUCAGUGUGCAUUGCGACGGAGGAGAUUUUAACGAGCGAGUCUAACAUCAUCGAGACCGUGGCGAAGCUUCUCGCGAUGAAGAGGAAAGGAGCCAGAGGCGUGAUUUUAUGGACGACUCCGGAAGACGCCAUCAGAAUUCUUGCAGAAGUAGAAAACAUUAACGAGGCUAAGAAACAAGGAGAGCUUUUCUGGCUGGUAGUGAAUGACAAAAAUAAUGACGAGGUGCAGAAGAUGGUCCAGCAAACUGUUCCAGAUGCGUUUGUUUUUAGCCCAUCAGAAGUCGAAGCAAAAGAAUUCAGUCAGCACCUCAAAUCAUUGAGAGAUGAAGAUUUGGCGAAAAAUCUUGACAACCCUUGGCUAGAGGCAUUCUAUAGCAGAGUAACGAAAGGCUGUGUUGUCAACGACACCGAGUGUGACCAGCAGCAACGGGCCCUGCACCUGAGAAGCGGCUCUGACGACGCCAGAAUUAUCCAAGCAGUGUACGCUGUAGGUGCAUCAAUCGCUCGGGCGCGACGAGAGCUGUGCCCUGACCUUCCCGCCGGUCUGCCCGGCUUGUGCCCGCCCGGUGGAAACAGGCCGGAUAUGAAACUAGCCGUGAACUCGUAUCUGCGCGCAACGCCUUCAGAAAGAGCGGGCGGUGCUGAAGAUCAAUUUGCGUUUACGUCCCAUGGAGCAGGAGACGUGCCCGUGGUGAUCUAUCAGAUUAGACAAGGAGUUGCAGCAAAUGAAUCCGCAACGGUUACAAAGAUUGGAACGUUCUCUACAUCAUCUAGCAAGUUGUCUGGUUUGAAAGAAUCCCUCAUAAUUGAGGGUUCCUCUUCAAAAUGCAUCUCAGACUGCAUCACCUGCCGCAAGCCAGCAAACCGAUUUGUGAUGACUCAUCCUCUCAACCCCGAAAACAAACCUCACUUCUACGUAGGAGUGAACCUUGGUCUGCACACCCAAAGCCCCACAAAUCCCCUGGAAUGCAAUACAGAGAUCAGUCCCCGCGGCGUGCAAAACAUGGAGGCCAUGUUAUGGGCUCUGGACCGCUUCAACGCCAACAACUCCAUCCAUCUGUCCGCCAUCGUGAUGGACAGUUGCGGUAGCAGGAUGAGAACGGCCAGGGACGUGGCUCUCCUUUUGGAGCAGCAGGAGGUGGUGCAGACUGACAGAAUCGUCGCAAUGAUUUCCAAUGACGGGGCUGAAGUAGCAGAGAGUGCGACCAAAUUGGCGGCGCCCUUCAGCAUUCCAGUGAUCGGCUCAGAUGCGCCUUUCCACAAGCAGCACUCGCCGUACCCGCUUCAGUUGAAUGCGGGUCUCAAAAUGCGAAUUCAAACAAUCAUGAGACUAAUUACCAAACUUGGCUGGGACUCUAUUUCCGUGAUAACUACAGAGGAUGGAUCAGAAAGUGAAGCAAUGAUGAAACUGGCGCAGUUUGAGGCCAAGAAGCAGAGUGUAACCAUUAUGAAUACGGUUACUCUGCCUGAUAUCCGUGACGACCUAGCAAGUGAGGUGUUCAAAAAUACGGUCCUUGAGGUUAGGGAUGUUGCAAGAGAUAGCGGGGUGCGUGCUGUGCUUGUACUGCUCCCACCAAGCCAGCUGGAGCAGCUCUUAAUGGCCUCACGUUUCCUCCACCAAGAAGGAGAGGUUUUCCCAGGAGAGUUGGUUUUCCUCGGAAUCAAGCAUGAUGACAUUUUUAAAAAAUAUAGUGAUCAAACGUUGGGAUCACUUGUGCUGCAACCAAAAGUUGGCUGGGUGCCUGAAUUUGAGCAGUAUUUCCGCUCUUUGAGUGAAAAUAACGAAAGGAAUCCAUGGUUUGGAGAAUUCCUGUUGUCAGUCUUUGGUUGCUCCGGCCAAAAUUGCAAAAGCUCCUCAGACCUUCACACGUACAAAAUGGAAGAAGAUCCUGCUGUAGUUGCCAUACUGAAUUCUGUCACUGCUGUUUCUCACGCUUUUGACAGUGUAGUCCGCGACAUUUGUCCAGAGAGUGGAUUGCCCUGUUUGGCGAUUCAAGACGCCAGGUUGGUCAGGAGCCGAAUGUUUGAAGUGAUGCCACACAUGGCUUUCGUCGGUGCUGGAAUGAGUGGAGUGGCUUUCUCGACCGUGGCUGGUGACAAUAUGGGCGCCAGUUUGCAAGUAAUGAAUGUGCGACGCGUCGGCACCAACCUCUUUGGCUUGGUGCCUGUUGGUAUGACCACGAGAAGUGGGGAUCUUCAGCUGAACCGUAACACGAUGAAGGCCUAUGCUAAGGACUUGACUGAAGUUCCCUACACAGAAAUUAGUUCAAAGUGCGCGGAUUGCGGAGCUAAAGAUAAAAAGGCCGACUUUAUGGAGGUUUCUCCAGGAAAUAAAGUAACACUUUUGAGCUUUGGCUCUGUACACGAGUCCUCCAAAGACCGCGCCGCAAAGUGCGGUCCGCUGAAAAGCAUGGAAAAUUUUCAGAGAACAGCCGCUUUAGCAUUUGCAAUUGAGAAAGUGAACUCCAAUCCUAACUUCACUGGAAUCAGUGGUCUGCACUUUGAUGAUUGUAGCAGCCCAUCCCGUGCCAUUUAUCAAUCAUAUGGCUACUUUUCUGAAGAGAACCCGAAUAACGAGCUCAUAGUUUCCAACUCAAAUACCGUAGCUAUGACUCUUUUUGCCGAUAGUUCGAAAAAUGAAGGACUUGAAACAAUGCUUUCGUCUCACGGCAUCCCUGUCACUUUCACUGAAAAUGAUGAGGCUAUCAUGAGGGCCCGACUGCAUGCAGCAGUUGCCAUCGGACAAGACUUGGGAUGGUCUCGAAUCACUAUUGUCAGGAAAGAAGGCUCCGAUUGGGGAAAGACUGCGGCCGAGAUGUUGACAACAGAAAUUUUCCCAACAGUUCGCAAUAUGUGCGUUGGAGAAGAUUUGGACCUGAACGUCGAUCACCAGGACCUGAAACGCGAAUUCCAGCUUGACUUGAACACGCCAUUCCUGUUGUUGUUUGAAAACGUGAAAGACACACAGAAAUUCGUGAAUGUUCUUUCGGAAUCCAAAAAGAAAAACCGAGUCCUGAUUGCAUCCGGUUGGGACGAAACCAUUGCCUUCAAUGGCUCCGCAGACAUUUUUGCCGUUAGCCGUGAUCUUUCGACAGAAACUGUGGCUGGCUUCCGUGAGUUCAUCACAGCCGCAGUCACAUCCAGUCCUGGAUACAUUCCUGCCAGUUGGGCGUCUGAAUAUGUUACCGCGGCGGAGAAAGAAGGCGCAAAAUGGAAGCAAGCACAUGGCGUGUCUGAAAUAAUUAAAAUCGUUGAAAUCCUCGCGUCAGAGGUACAGCGAUUGUGCACGCAGGACAAAGGACAGCCACUUUGCGGACACGAUGCGAAAGGCUUCAGAGACGAGAUCAGAGCCGCGCUAACUGCGCACUUGUCCACGCAGGCACCAAACCUAGCAAUUUUCAGAAUGUCAGGAAACAAAAAGGACUUUGAAAAGGUUGGUGCAUGGCAGAAGAAAGAAGGUUUGAGCGUCAUUGCCCGCAAGUGGCGAAAAGAAAAUGCGACCAAUGAGUGUGAGUCGUUCAGAAUUGGCCGCUCUGGAAAGCUGACUUCGGUGAUCAAUGAGGUACCAAACCCACCAGCCAUCAUCGGUGAGCUCCGCGAAAUGUGGGGUCUGAUUUCAGCCUCGAUCAGCAUUCUCGGCGCUCUGGUCACCAUCGCCUUCGUGGUCUACUUUGCCAGUGCCACCGAAAAGGCGGUGGGCACGUCGGUUCUGGGCUACCAGAUUCUGUUUGGCGUUUUGAUCCUGUACCUCUCCAAUCUCACUUUCCUCAUCGCUCCUUCGGAAAUUAGCUGCCUCAUCCGAAGAUUGGUGCCUUCUUUAGCCUACUGCAUCAUCGUGUCUGGAAUGCUGAUUAAAGUGGUGACGAUCUGGCGCUAUCAAGAUAACCUGAAGGCUGACUUAGAAAGGGAUCCGCUGACUCGUCCGUCCGGCCUCCUUUGUUGUUCAUUCUCCCUGAUCAUCGUACAGGCUUUCCUAAGCGGAGGCUGGAUUUUGCUAAUCCCUGCUGAAAUGGUGCCUCCGACUAAAAUUGGAGGUUCCUGGACCUGUCUGGCAUCCACGAGCAAGGAAAUCGUCAGCUCUCUGAGCUACGUCGGCACUAUGAUCGUGCUCACAAUCCUGGUUGCGUUCAAGGCGAGGAAACACCCAGAAGCGCGCAAUAUCCUCAUCUGCUGCAUCUUCCUCGCAUUGGAAGCCGCCUCCUGGACCGCAGCCGCCUACAGCGUCACGCUCGCUUCGCUCCACAAGGACUGCAUGGCGGGAGUGGCCGCGGGCCUAAUUGCAGCCACCCUCGUGCUGAUCACCUUCUUCAUCCCCAAACUGGCUCAGUACUCGAGGCUCAGCAAGGAGAAGAAAAUCCAGCAAAUUCAAAGUGCCACUCUCAGGGUUCACAAGAACAUGCAGCCUGUCAUGUAUGGUGUGCCGCAGUACACCAACUCCUCGCCAAACAGCUCAGCGCGUUCCGUGGUGAUCAAGGCUUUCCCAGACGUGGAUGAUCUGGUUGGAGCCGAGCGCAUAAUCAGCAGUCGCGAGACGUCCAUUCGGGACGACAGCACCGAGCCCGAAUUGGCGAACCUGAGGGCCGACCACGAAGAGUUCGAGGCGCACUCGCCGGCGCUUGGGCUACCCACCUCCGAGGGUCUGUACCCGAUCGACAUGUACACGGGCCCGCCGGCGACAACUUCCACCUUCGGGCACGGUGCGCCGCCACCGCCUCCGAUGCCCAGGAUAUCUCUAGUCGACCAUUGCCUGCCAGGCUCCAAUGAGUUCACCGCCUUGCCACCGCCGCCCGCCAGUCUUCUCGGCAGCAGCAGCAGCGACGAUGACGAAUAUUCGCGGCAUGAGGGAAUUUCAUACAUCUAGUGCUUCAGAAGUAAAACCAAAUCAGCUAUACGCGGACUAACUGAAAGAAAGUGAACUUGAUAACCAUGCUAUUCGUGUGCAAAUUGAAUGUGUCUAGGUGCUUUCUUGUAAAAUACUACUUUAAUUUACGCUAUUAAGUAAUUUAUUGGAAUAAACGAUAUAGAAGAA